GGUUCCCAAAGGAAGGGCGGCUGAUUCAUGAGAUUAUAGUCAUCGAGCUAGAGACCACGCCUUCUCAGCUGUUCUGGGAAAGGCGUUAUCUCGAGCGGCCUGUAAUAGAGCACUUCACAUGGCCUGGUUAUAAAAAGAUGGGCGUGGAUGCAGCAACUUGCACAGAGAGACUGUCUCGACUUGCUCAGUUGGUGAGCUCCUUCAGAUGGCUACUGAAUAGCUACGUCAUUGAGUUUUUCACUGAAUCCCAUUGGUUGAAGCUACCCCAGUCUUGGCAAGAUGCACUGUAUUCAGCUGAUCUAUUUGAAGUGUCUCGUCUGCUAUUGCAGGGAGGUGGAAACAAUGCACCGCUGUCUAAAGUCUACCCACUCUCACUUCUUGCAUUCUCUGCUGCCGCUCACUCACUCUCGCUACCACGGCAACCAGUAGACGUGACCCCCCACAAUGUCAGGGUGGGGUCUCAACUGGAGGGUCUGGAGCAUGUUUUCAGAUGUCAUAUCAAGCCAAAAAAACAACACGAGAUUAAAGUUUUUGGAGAGAAAAUUCAUCAUCUUUCCCUGGAGACAAAGUGCAAGAACAUAGUAGAUGUUGGAUCUGGGCAGGGUCACCUGAGCCGGUAUCUGGCUCACAAGUAUGGACUGAGUGUGACUGGUGUGGAGGGAGUGGGCGGACACCUCACCACUGCGGCUAAAUACGACAAAGACGUUGAGAAGAUGUUGGCCAAGAGAGGAGGAGGUGGUGGUCACCAUGGCAACUCAUCAGAUAGUGGCAGCCUGACCCACAUUGAAGCAAUGAUAGGACCUGAGGCUUCUAUUGAAGACAUUCUGUUGAGUCAUGUUGAGGAUGGAGAAACAACCACUGGAGCAUUAUGUGCAUCCUCCGAGGACGAUGACGAGCGCUAUAUACUAGUUGGACUCCACACCUGUGGAGAUCUGGCCCCGACUAUACUACGAGUGUUUGCUGGAAGUGGGCGUGUUGUGGGUGUGGCCUCAGUCGGAUGCUGCUAUAUGAAACUGACAUGUGAGGGGGCGGUGUGUGGAUACCCGAUGAGUGGGUGUGGGAGGAGACUAGAGUGUGGUCUCAGAUAUGAGGCUAGGGAGGUAGCAUGUCACUCUAAUGAGAGGUACAGAGAGAGAUUGCAAGGAUCACUGGAAUCAUUUCAUCAUCUAAAGGUUCAUUGUCACAGAGCAGCAGUCGAGGUACUACUAAGAAAGAGAGGCCUCAGACGGAGUCAGGUUAGGAUCAGCAAGAGAGUGUCAAAGCUUCCUUUUAUGGAAUAUGCCCAUGCUUUGCUGGGGUCUCUAGCCACACCCAGUCCACCCCCUGCCGAGCUGGAUGCCCUGAGGGUCUUGGUAGAGGAGGAGUGGAGGAGGGUGGUGAUGUUCUUCAUGCUGCGACUGACACUGGCCCCUUGUGUGGAGAGUGUACUGCUGUUGGACAGAGCCAUGUUCCUUAUAGAGCAAGGUUACACAGACGUCAGCCUCUAUCCACUGUUUGACCCGACACUGUCACCAAGGAACCACGUUGUCAUAGCAACAAACAAACAAUCAUAGAACACCAUAGAAACAGAAAUUUUGUAUAUACACACAUUUUUCAAAUAAAUUAAAAAUUUCCAUAAAAAGUGAA